AUGACAUCGAGAAGUAAGAACGCGGUUCGAAGUUACGAGACUGACAUCGAAAAGAGCCGUGAGGAGUCAAACUGGAAGAAGGCUGUGGAGUUAGCUCAACAACUCAAGGCCAGGUCACCACAACACGAGAGUCUUGCGCAUUUCUUGAUUGGGGAGGGGAAAUUAGAAGCUUAUCUUGAAGAAUGGCCACCUAUUAAAGAGAACAUUGAAAGAGCACAGAGGGAGCUCUCAGAGUCUAAAGGCUACUUGACAUUAGCAACAGACGAUGCUGGAAAGAAAGCUGGAGUUGCGUUAGAUGCUCACCUAUUGCUGGGAAAGCUGCAUUUUGCUUGUGGCUCAUACGAUGAGGCUUUAAAACAUUACAAAUUGGCCGAGUUGAAUACUUUGACUGAGAAAGAGCUGCCCGUAAGGAGUCUCAGAAUAGUUGCAGAGUCUUAUGCAAUCAAGGGACUCUGUUUGGAGCAGACAGUGUUACCAGCAUCCACCAGCAAAUUUAAACAAGCGGAAUGGGAAGCUGAAUUGAUUCGGAGCUUUGAGUUAGCCUCAGAGCUAACACUGCUCUACUUACAGCGAGCCUCCGCUGCGCGCGCUGGCGCCACACUCGAGACUGCGCUGCAACGGGCACCUUUACUUCAUAUACGCGCUGGACGACUGGCUAAUGCCAUUGACAGAUAUCGAGAAAUGCUGACAGCUGUAGAGUCGGUGUCCACGCAGGCCCUCAGACUGACAUUGGCCAGACAACUUGCCGAGGUGCUCAUGAGAGGUGUCACGGGUCAGGUGUACAGAGCUCCACAGGGCCUGAUUCCAGCUGCGGGCACACUGACGAGGAGACGAGAGGAGCACAUCUCCGAGGGACCCUGGAAACCUAAGAAAUAUGCUGCAUUUAAUCAGUUCGUGCCUCGCAACGAGUACGAGGAAGUGGUGCUGGUGCUGGUGGUGGGGGAAGCGAUGGCGGUGCGCGACGCGGUGCUGUCGCAGAGCGGAGAGUUCGAGGCUGCGCGAGCGCACUCCUUGCAGAACGCCGUGGCGCUCAUUGAUCUCUUGGCGCUGGCGGCCACGCGUUGGGGACAGCUGCCUCUAGUUUUAGAGUCUCUGGAGCGCGCUAUGAAGUUUUCGUUCGGAUGUGCCCACAUAUGGAGGCAGAGGGCGCUGGCCACCGCAGCUGCGCCGAGGCACGAGCCAGGGUUGGCCCUACUGGCUCAGCCGCCUCCUGCCCAAGGCAGUCCGUCGUGGAACGCGCACGUGCGGGCCUUGAACGUGGCUCGCCGCGCGACGCCGCUCGUGCCCAAGGACGUGCCGCUGCGCCUCGUCGCCGCCAACACCUGCUACAGGGCGGGAUGGAUAGAGGAGGGCAUCCAAUUCGCCGAGCAGGCCCUGAGCGCAGCGAAGUCCGAGGAGCGGAGCCCCUUUCUGGCGAGAUGCUACGUACAUUGCGCCAUCGGUCACCAGAUGAAGGCACAGAAAACCAAUUCCCGCAUCGAAAAGGAGGCGGAGAACGACAUCAGUCUGAAGUACUUGGUGCAGAGCGUGCAGCUGGACGACAACGACCACCUCGCCUUCUACCACCUAGCGUUGCAGUACAUGCAGCUGGGGAUGCUUAACGAGGCCAUGGACGCAACGAGGGCCUGUCUUUCUUGUCGCGCGGAGUGCGGCGGUGGUCUGCGACUGGCAGCGUCAUUGUGGUCGUGUGCGGCGGCCGGACCGCGCGGUACACGCGCGUUGAACGCUGCGCGUCUCGCGCGCCAUCACUAUCCUAACGCAGAGUGGCCCCUGUGGACGCUCGCCGCUUUGCAACUCCUGUGGGAGAGCGGAGAGUCGGCGCUCGCCACGGGCAAGGAACUGCUUCGGCUGCUGAACAGCGCCGAAGACGCCGACGGGGAGCAUCACUACGCCGACCUGGACGCUCUCUCCGACUCUCUGCGCGAUGAGGUGCACAGCAACCGCGAUGCUGCGUCGGUUCGGGCCGAGUCGGCCGGGGCGUACCGCUUGGAGCGAGCUCUGUCGGAGAACGCGUCGACGCUGUCGGUGCAGCGCGCCCGCUCCCCCCUCGCCGAGCACCGCGCGCACGCGUGGCUCUUGCUGGCCGACCUUUGCCUCAGGCUCGGCAGGUGGAGUGCGGCGGCAGGCUGCGUGUCCGAGGCGGCUGCCCUCACGCCGUUCAGUCACCUCGUCCUAUACACGCGCGGUAGAGUGCACAGCGCGUGCAGCGAGUGGGAGGAGGCGAGACAGUGUUACCAGAACGCCCUCGCGAUACACCCCACCCACGUAGACAGUAUGGUGCAGCUGGGGGGCGCCUAUUACGAGCUGGGCUGGCUGCGGCUGGCCGAGAGGACUCUGAGGGAAGCCGGGGCUUUGGAGCCUGCGAGGGCGGACACCUGGAGGCAGCUAGCGCUCGUGUUGGCCGGUCUCGGCGAGCCGGCGGCCGCCGCGGACGCUGCUGCUGCCGCGCUCGCGCUGCAUCCUCUCACUCCGCUCUGUCCUACUCUCUGA